AUGGCUCCCAUUGAUACAGACUCGGCCGCCGGACUGGAAGAUGUCGCCUUCGAUUUCGUCGUUAUUGGAGGAGGAACGUCAGGCCUCGUUGUCGCGAACCGACUAAUAGAAGACCCCCACGUACAGGUUCUCGUGCUGGAGGCCGGCACCAACCGCCUCAAUGACCCCCGUCUGAUGGCACCUGGACUAGGUAUAGCGACAUAUGAGGAUCCUGACUUCGACUGGAACUUCAGGUCAAGUCCGCAAGAGCAACUCAAUGGCCGCCAGUUGCUCGCAUCCCAGGGACGGACGCUGGGCGGUUCGUCCGCUAUCAAUCUGGGCAUGGUUAUCUAUCCCUCAAAGGUAGGGAUGGAUGCAUGGGAAAAGCUAGGAACCCCCGGCUGGGGAUGGGACGGCGUGUCGCCCUAUAUCCGCAAGUUCCACAAAGCAGCGGCACCACCUGACGAGGUUCGUCAGUUCUUCCAAGGGAUGAAAUACGAUCUGCGGGAUCAGGGCAGCGACGGCCCAGUCCAGGUCUCGUUUGGGGAUCAAUACAUGCCAUUGAAGAUCCGAUCAAGGGCGCUGGAACAGGCCCAUUUGUCAGUCCUGGUGCCGUGGACCCGAUUACUCACACGCGGAGCCAUGCCGGCGCCGCUUACUUUGGGGACUCAAUACAAAAGUGCCAACCUGCGAGUUGUAAACGGAGCGCUGAUGGAAAAGCCCAUCUUCGAGAGGAGGGACGGUCUCUUUGUGGCGACUGCCGUCCAAGUAAGAAAAGACGGUAACACAUACAAUAUUCCUGUUAAGAAAGAGGUUAUUUUAGCUGCGGGAGCAACGCACACUCCCCAUAUCCGUGAGCUCUCGGGCAUUGGAAAUGCCGAUCUUCUUCGUUCUCAUGGCAUAGAGCCUGUCGUAAAUAACCCCGGGGUGGGAGAGAAUCUCCAGGAUCAUGGAACCGUUUCGUUUGAAUAA